GAGAGAGGAACGCUAAGAGCCUGAAGGCAGCAGCCCCACCACCGCCGGCCCAGGUUACCAUCCAGCACCGGGAAAACAUACUAGAGAGCCACCGCCGGCAAAAGUCUAAGUUAAAAGCCAGAAACCACCAUGAGCAGCGAGGCCGAAACACAACAGCAGGAACAGCAGCAGCCCGCCGCCGCGGAGAGCCCAUCCAGCCCGGCAGCCGCAGCUACCGCGGGGGAUAAGAAGGUCAUCGCAACAAAAGUCCUGGGAACAGUGAAAUGGUUUAAUGUGAGGAACGGCUAUGGAUUCAUCAACAGGAAUGACACAAAGGAAGAUGUCUUUGUACACCAGACCGCCAUUAAAAAAAACAACCCAAGAAAAUAUCUGCGCAGUGUUGGAGAUGGUGAAACAGUGGAGUUUGAUGUAGUAGAAGGAGAGAAGGGUGCGGAAGCAGCUAAUGUCACUGGUCCUGGUGGAACCCCAGUCCAGGGAAGCAAAUACGCAGCAGACCGUAACCGCUACAGACGCUACCCACGUCGCCGAGGUCCUCCAAGAAACUAUCAGCAGAAUUACCAGAGUGAUGGUGACGAAGGGGGUGAGAAGAGAGAAGGUAUGGAGAAUGUACCUGAUGGGGAAAUCCAGACCCAGCAGCGCCGACCUCCUUUUCCAAGACGUCGCUAUCCACCUUACUAUGUCCGCAGACGCUAUGGGCGCCGACCACCAUACACAAAUGCUCCACCUCGUGGAGAGAGCACAGAGGGAGUUGAAGGGGAUAUAAACCAAGGUGCUGUAGACCCGAGUGCUAAACCAAUGAGACAGAACUACUACAGAGGCUACAGACCAAGAUUCCUGCCAAGGGGCCCUCCACGUCCUAGACCACCAAGGGAUGAUGCCAACGAGGAAGACAAAGAGAACCAGGGAGAUGGAGCUCAGAAUGAUCAGCCCCGUCAACGCAGGUAUCGCCGUAACUUCAACUACCGUCGUAGACGCCCACAGAACCCUAAACCUCAAGAUGGCAAAGAGAACAAGGCAGCCGAACCACCAGCUGAGAAAACGUCCGCUCCCGAGGCCGAGCAGGGCGGGGCUGAGUAAAUACCGGCUUACCACCUCUACCAUCGUCCGGUUUAGUCAACAUGAAGAAACAUCAAAAUGAAAUGAAGAUAUGAGCAAUAAGAAACAGUUUUGACUUGACGAUCGAAAGCUUGCUACAUGCAGUUGACCAGAUACCAGUGAAUGCCUGCAGAAUCUAUGCAGCCCAGUUUUUUCAUUACUUUUGUCUGACAACUAAAACACACUUUUUUUGGAAAUGGCUAAAUUUUUUGUAAAUUGGUUUUAAGUUUUUACACCAAAUGGUUUUUAAAGUAAUUUGAUAUCUGGUCAAUUUGACAUUUUUAAAUAUUAAUUUUAUUUGUACAACCUGAAUUUUGAAAACACAAGCAAGCGCUAAUUAAAGUCAAGAAAAGUGUU